AUAAGAUGCAGAUAUGAAGGAUAAGUGCAUAAAUGUGCAGUUGUCUAUACUGAGAGAGCGGAGAUCAAUUUUGUUAAAUAUGAAAACUAGAAAUGUUUGGAUUUGUCUGGUAUUAGUGAAUAUUAUUACGGUAGUUACUGCCCAGGGGCAACGCAACCAGCAGCGACAACGUAACGCGCAGAGACUACGUAACGUCCAGAGACUACGUGCUACUACUCCGGCUCCAGCUGCAAAACCCAGCACAGACUCUGUAGCAAAUACUGCAGGUAAUAACCCGUGGAUGCAGUUAAUGAUGGCUUACCGGAAUUGGAUGAUGUCUAUGCAAUUUGGGGCAUGGGGCUGGGGGUGGGGGUGGGGCUGGGGGUGGGGCUGGGGCUGGGGAGACGACGGACCUUUCGAUGAUUGAUUGAAUGCCACUGGAUACAGAUUAAGUGGUGAACAUGAAUGAUUCAUUUGACAGUGUGUUUUAAAUACAGUGUGUUAUAUAUCAUUAUAAUGAUAAAUUGCUCACUCACAUAAAGUCUUGGUAAAACGUUUCGUCUAUUUUCAAAGAAGUUCCAGCAUUUAGUUUAUUUUUUCUUAUAGUGUCUUAGAAGCCAGUUUUCGCUACUAAUGCAGCUAUGUAAGACCAAAGAAACUUAUGUACUCGUAGAAGUGCUAACAUCCAAAUCCAGUAGGCUUGCUAGACCGAUUUGUACGGGAAAAAGUAUUUUUCAAUAAAACACGAGUAAAAUUUCAAAAAAGCUGUGCAGCAAAGGUAAUACUUGCUAACAGAAAUGUCAAUCUCAAAAUUACACGCUAUAGUGCGAUUUUAGAC